AUGCUGGCGCCCUUCACCGAGCGUCCAGGUGCUUCCGCGCUACAGCGAGGUGACGGCGACAUUGUAAAUAACAUGCAUGAGCCCGACCCGGAGCUGCUGGCCGGCGAGAGUGCAGAGUACGAGACAGAAGACAGCGUUGUGUCCCCCAUCCCCAUGGGGCCGCCAUCCCCCUUCCCCACCAGCGAGGACUUCACCCCCAAGGAGGGCUCGCCGUACGAAGCCCCCGUCUACAUUCCUGAGGACAUUCCCAUCCCACCAGACUUUGAGCUCCGAGAGUCCUCCAUCCCAGGCGCAGGCCUGGGGAUCUGGGCCAAGAAGAGGAUGGAGAUCGGGGCGAGGUUUGGCCCUUACAUGGGGGCACCCCGGGCCACGUGGAAGGAGGCAGACUUUGGAUGGGAGCACAUGCUGACCGAUACAGAAGUGUCGUCCCAGGAGGGCUGCAUCCAAAAGCAGAUCUCCGAAGACCUGAGCACUGAGAGGCUCUGCAUGGAUGCUGGUCAGGCAGGCUCCGGCAGCUGGCUCAAGUACAUCCGGGUGGCAUGCUCCUGCGAUGACCAGAACCUCACCAUGUGCCAGAUCAACGAGCAGAUUUAUUAUAAAGUCAUCAAGGACAUUGAGCCUGGGGAAGAGCUGCUGGUGCACGUGAAGGAAGGCGCAUACUCCCUGGGGACGGUGCCCCCCAGUCUGGAUGAGGAACCCACGUUCCGCUGUGACGCCUGUGACGAGCUCUUCCAGUCCAAGCCGGACCUGCGGCGCCAUAAGAAGUACGCGUGCGGCUCCGUGGGGGCCCCGCUCUGUGAGGGCCUGGGUGACGGGCUCAAGCCAGAGGGGCUCGGCGGCGGGGGCGGCGACGAGCAAGCCCAUGAGUGCAAGGACUGUGAGCGGAUGUUCCCCACCAAGUACAGCCUGGAGCAGCACAUGGUUGUGCACACAGAGGAACGGGAGUACAAGUGUGACCAGUGUCCCAAGGCCUUCAACUGGAAGUCCAACCUCAUCCGCCACCAGAUGUCGCAUGACAGCGGCAAGCGCUUCGAAUGUGAGAACUGCGUGAAGGUGUUCACCGACCCCAGCAACCUGCAGCGCCACAUCCGCUCCCAGCACGUAGGAGCCCGGGCUCACGCCUGCCCUGACUGCGGGAAGACGUUCGCCACGUCCUCGGGCCUCAAGCAGCACAAGCACAUUCACAGCACCGUCAAACCUUUCAUAUGUGAGGUCUGCCACAAGUCCUACACGCAGUUCUCCAACCUGUGCCGGCACAAGCGGAUGCACGCCGACUGCCGCACGCAGAUCAAGUGCAAGGACUGCGGGCAGAUGUUCAGCACUACCUCCUCCCUCAACAAGCACCGACGUUUCUGUGAGGGCAAGAACCAUUACACGCCGGGCGGCAUCUUCGCCCCAGGCCUGCCCUUGACCCCCAGCCCCAUGAUGGACAAGGCGAAGCCCGCCCCCAACCUCAACCACGCCAGCCUGGGCUUCAACGAGUACUUCCCGUCCAGGCCGCACCCGGGCAGCCUGCCCUUCUCGGCAGCGCCCCCCGCCUUCCCCGCGCUCGCUCCGGGCUUCCCCAGUCUCUUCCCCCCGUCCCUGUACCCCCGGCCACCUUUGCUACCUCCCACGCCGCUGCUCAAGAGCCCCCUAAACCACACCCAGGACGCCAAGCUCCCCAGCCCCCUGGGGAACCCGGCGCUGCCCCUCGUCUCUGCUGUGGGCAACAGUGGCCAGGGCACCACGGCCGCCGCAGGGCCUGAGGACACGUUCGAGCGUCGCCUGGGGGACUCCUACACUGAGAAGCUCAAGACGAGGGGCAGCGACAUGUCGGACGGCAGUGACUUCGAGGACGUCAACACCACGACGGGGACCGACCUGGACACGACCACAGGCUCGGGCUCGGACCUGGACAGCGACGCGGACAGCGACCGGGACAAGGCCAAGGACAAGAGCAAGGCGGCGGAGGGCAAGCCCGAGUGCGGCGGCGGCGGCGCGGCGCCCCCGGGGGCCCCGGACGGCGCGGGCGAGGUGCCGGUCUUCUUCCCGCCGCACGCCUUCUUCCCGCCGCCCGAAGAGCAGCUGCUGACGGCCCCAGGCGCCGCGGGCGACUCCAUCAAGGCCAUCGCCUCCAUCGCCGAGAAGUACUUCGGCCCCGGCCUCGUGGGCAUGCAGGAGAAGAAGCUGGGCUCGCUGCCCUACCACUCCGUCUUCCCCUUCCAGUUCCUGCCCAACUUCCCCCCAGCCCUCUGCCCCUUCGCGGACCGCUCCCUCGCCCACAACUUGCUGGUCAAGGCCGAGCCAAGGUCGCCCCGGGACGCCCUCAAGGGGGGCGGCCCCAGCGCCGAGUCCCCCUUUGACCUCACCACCAAACCAAAAGAGGCCAAGCCCGUGCUGCCCGUGCCCAAGGCGCCCCCGGCCCCGGUGUCCGGAGAGGAGCAGCCGCUGGACCUGAGCAUCGGCAGUCGCGUCCGAGCUGGCCAGAACGGAGGGGGGCGGGAGCCCCGCAAGAACCACAUCUACGGGGAGCGCAAGCUGGGGGCCGGGGAGGGGCUGCCCAAGGCGUGCCCGGCACAGCUGCCCCAGCAGCCGGCCCUGCACUACGCCAAGCCUUCACCCUUCUUCAUGGACCCCAUCUACAGGGUAGAGAAGCGGAAGGUGACGGACCCCGUGGGAGUCCUGAAGGAGAAGUACCUGCGGCCGUCCCCACUGCUCUUCCACCCCCAGAUGUCAGCCAUCGAGACCAUGACGGACAAGCUGGAGAGCUUCGCGGCCAUGAAGGCAGACUCGGGCAGCUCCCUGCAGCCCCUCCACCACCACCCCUUCAACUUCCGGUCCCCGCCCCCCACGCUCUCGGACCCCAUCCUCAGGAAGGGCAAGGAGCGCUACACUUGCAGGUACUGUGGCAAGAUCUUCCCCCGAUCAGCAAACCUCACGAGACACCUGAGGACGCACACCGGGGAACAGCCAUACAGGUGUAAGUACUGCGACCGCUCCUUCAGCAUCUCCUCCAACCUCCAGCGGCAUGUACGGAACAUCCACAACAAGGAGAAGCCCUUCAGAUGCCACCUGUGCAACCGCUGCUUCGGGCAGCAAACCAACCUGGACCGGCACCUCAAGAAGCACGAGCACGAACAUGCUCCAGUGAGCCAGCACUCCGGGGUCCUCACAAACCACCUGGGGACCAGUGCCUCCUCCCCCACCUCCGAGUCAGACAACCAUGCACUUUUAGAUGAGAAAGAAGACUCCUAUUUCUCUGAAAUCAGAAACUUUAUUGCCAAUAGCGAGAUGAACCAAGCAUCAACACGAACGGACAAACGGCCCGAGGCCCGGGACCGGGACGGCAGCUCUCAGUGUGCGGGCAUGGCUGGCAGGAAGCCGGAGGAUGCCGAGGAGGAGGAGGAGGAGGAGGAACUGGAGGAGGAGGAAGAUGACAGUCUGGCGGGGAAGUCCCAGGAUGGCGCCGCGUCCCCCACGCCCGAGCCCCAGGGGCCCUAUGAGGAUGAGGACGAGGAGCCACCCACCUCCCUGGCCGUGGGCUUCGAACACCCCCGAAGGUGUAUUGAGGAGCAACCAGGCGGCCUGUUAGCUUUGGAGCCGAUGCCGACUUUUGGGAAGGGGCUGGAUCUCCGCAGAGCAGCUGAGGAAGCAUUUGAAGUUAAAGAUGUGCUUAAUUCCACCUUAGAUUCUGAGACUUUAAAGCAGACACUGUACAGGCAGGCUAAGAACCAGGCGUAUGCAAUGAUGCUGUCCCUUUCCGAGGACGCUCCUCUCCACACCUCCUCCCAGAGCCCUCUGGACGCUUGGUUGAACAUCACAGGAGCCACGCCGGAGUCCGGAGCCUUUAACCCCAUCAACCACCUCUGA